AAUAAUAUAAAAUCAACAGUGUGCGCGGAUGAAAAAAUUUGUUGUACAUAAAGAUAAGAAUAUCUUUAUGAACUUGACGUAUAAUGUAUCUGUGCAUGCGAUAUGUCUGACAUGUGUCCGGCGUAUACUCUGACGAUAGUAGUACAAUAUACUAAUUCACUGUGAUUGUGUUGUACAUAACCACUAAGUGGUGCAUAUGACAAUUAUAACAACAAGGAAAUUAGUGUCGAAUAUAAAUCCUCAAUCUGCAUUUUUGUUUUUGUUGUGACAUAAUCGAUAUGUCUGGAAAAGUUCAAGCAAACAGCCUAUUCCAAAUGAAUCAUAUCUCUUGAGACCUAAAAAUUGUCUAUAAUUAUAAUAUAUUUGUCUCAUGCUGCAUGAGAUAUAUCGAUCGAUCCAUUUAUCCAUUAAUUAUAAAGUCAUCAAAAUAAGCUCCUGUCUCUUGUGUGUCAUAAAGAAUAAGUGGAUAAAUAUGCCUGGAGGUAGACGGAACGUUUCUAGUCGGACUGGUCCGACCAGCAGGUCUGGUAGUUCUUAUGCUAGUUCUGCUAAUGUUAACGGAAGGAGUAACAGUGGUGAAAGAGCAGUGGGAAAUGGUACGGACGACAGAAAGCUCGAGGACAUUUGUGGUGGGAGAUCUCUGGCGCCCAAGCAUGUUCCCAUACCUGUGGUGCCAGUUGAUGGACAAUUGACUUUUGAGACUUUGUCUCUGCUCUUCGCGGUCGUCGCGGCCUGUUUGCAACUGCUUAAUCUGUACAGGACUGUAUCGUGGCUGCCACAUUCGUACAAUGCUUACAUGAUGAAUUUUUAUUUAAUAGAUCCCUACCUGCUUGUAUUUAUUCUUACGAUGGUGACACGCAGCUUUGUUUAUACAUUGUUACAUCAUUUAAUUGAUGCCUCAUUGCCGGUUCGAUGGUUAUCUGUGAUUCAAAAGAUUCUGAGGGCAUCUCUAUUGGUUGCUUUGAUGAGUAUACUUUGCUGGUGUCUCUAUCACAUGGCUGAGAGACACAGCUUCAUAAAAAUGUUGUGUUUAUGUUAUCUAUUGUCGAUAUACCUCGUGAUGUCUGGGGUAGGUGCAGCACUCUUUGAUACAUCAUUUUCAUGUGGAAAAGAGGAACGAAAAACAAAAUAUCUGCUAGAGAAACCUUUGCACAAUUGCUCGUUAAACGCAUCGGCUAUCCGAGCAGAAGUGUCCACUUUGAGAUCUGAUUUUAAUCAACGAUUAAAGUGGGCUUUAUGUUCGUCCUCUGGUAGCGCGUUCGCCUGUGGAAUCGCACCCAUCAUCUUCGUCCCGCCACAUUUACACUUCAAUCGAUUAUGGGUGAUGCAAUACGCGAUUUUGCUGUUGCUUGGAAGGAUAAAUGCGUACGUUGUUCAGGCCUACCCCGUUAGAUACUGCGAUGUGCUACAUAGAGCGGCGCUACAUUUAGGCCGCUGGAUUAAAACGGAGAAUCGCAGUAGUCACGUGUACGCUCAACCGUGGAAUGACACGGUGUUGUGGCCACAUGGAUCGAUCGUACGGCACAAUCGAGGAAUUUAUCGUUCCGAAGGCUUAUGCACAGCAGCGGAACCGGGUAACUCAUAUCACUACAGAUUCCACCUUUUAUUUAAUAAUCCUGCGAUGCUAGUGUGUUCACUGCUGGUCUUACAGUUGGUGAUGAUGUGCGUCCAAUUAUUUAUUUUAUUACGCACAAACGAAUGGUAUCAAAUACUGUCGAUGGUGCUGUUAUUAAUCAUGAAUCAUUACACGUUAUUUAAGCUGAUUAGGGAUUACCUAAUAUGCUCGAGGGUGUAUGGUGUUGAACAAAUAAUUCAAGAGAAGUCUCAAAUGGUUGUAAACCCAGUUGCUCAAUAAAACAAAAUACUAUCAAUA